GGUUGGAAGGAGGGAGCACAGGUGCGGCUGCUAUGUCUGGGGCACCUCCAAGUGUAAUACUAUCCGUCGUGCAGAGAGGAGUACUCUCGUUCCAGUCUGCCAUAAUAUUUCGAGCAUCCAGAAUUGUUUCAGUGUCGCGUAUCUUCAACAGGUUGGUCGUCCACAUUGCGGCCAGCAAAGUUUCAUACUACUUGAGUCAGUGAAAUUCAAGUAAAGUUUAAAGUGACAUGCAUUAUUUUAUUGAAAAAUUUCUAAAUUCAAAUUGAAAGUUUAUCGAAAAUAUUGAGGUGAAAUUGAAAUUUAGAAACUCUGAUAAAAGAUGAAAGCAAAAAAAUUCUUUUAGUGAUUCCUGUACGAAUACACCGGUAACUUGGAUGAAUCACGAUUUUGUCCUUCCUCCUCCUUCUCUUUCAUCACCAUCUCUAGCUUUGAACGAUAUAAAAAAAAUUAAAAUUUCAAACAAUGGAUUUCAAUUCAGCAUUUGGAAAAAAAUUUUUCAAUAAAAAAUAAAAAAAACAUAUACAAUUAUAUUUUUAUUACAUUUUGGCAAAUGAACUUAUAUAUAUAUAAUGAAGAGAUUUUAUGCAAUAUUUUUUUUAAUAUGUGCAUCCACAGCACAAUUAUCCAAUAAUUGCAAUGAUCCUAAUUGGCACACAUUGGAAAUGUUAGAAAAUGCCAAAUCAGAUUGCGGACCAUUUUUUAAAAAUCGUUGCUAUUGUAUGAAAACAUGUUAUGAAAAUCAUUAUCAAUAUGUUGUUAAUUGCACUAAUUCUGGAUUUAAUACUACGGCACCGUUAUCACAUUUGCCGAAUAAAACACAAGUACUCAUUUUCACUGGAAAUUAUAUCGAAGAACUUCCAUGGAAUGUAUUUGGUACUUUGGACAGCUUACCUAAUCUAAGAGUUAUCGAUAUGUCAAAUAAUAAAAUAAGGGAAAUUCGAGGAAAAACAUAUCAUCAUGUUCAACGCGUUGAGCGACUUAUUUUAGAUUUCAAUAAUCUUUCAUUAGAUCCUGAAAGAAGGCAUCCUAGAGUAUUCUCUAAUUUUGUGUCUCUUUUGGAACUCCAUUUAACUGAUGCUUUCGAGAAUGGACCACCAAGAGAUCUUGCAGCAACAUUACACGAUAUUUUUGUAAAUAGUAAUUUAACACAAUUGAUAAAGCUCCACUUAGAACAAAAUGAAAUAUCAGAAUUUCGAGACAGUAAUGUAUUCUGUGAUCUUCCAAAUCUUUUGGAUCUCUAUUUAGGAGACAAUACUUUGACUGCUUUACAUUUUAACAUAUCUUGUCUCCACAAAUUACAUUUCUUAGAUCUCCAACGAAAUAAGUUUACAAAAAUUAUUGAACGUGAUCUGCAUACCAUGGAUGCACUUGUUAAACAUAAUCAAAAUAUAGCAGUAGAUUUUACUGCAAAUCCAUUUGAAUGUUCCUGUAAACUGAACCCAUUUAUCAAAUGGUUGAAUAAAACGAAAGUGUUCGUUCGUAACAAAGAUAAUUUGAGAUGUUACGAAGAUAACAUAUCUCAUGAGCUAUAUGAAAUAAAAAACUGCACACCAAAAUUAUUUUCAUCAACAGCACGUGGUGCAACUAUUUUAUUGUUUUUACUUUCAAUAGUGUUAAUAGGAUUAGUAUGCGCUUUAAUUUAUGUACAACGCACAAAAUUACAAAAGAAAAUCGAACCAAUAUUAGACUCAGUAAACAAAAAAGUACGAUAUACAUCGAUAGCAACUGGUGAUACACGUGAAGAUGUAUAAAUAAAAAAAAACAUUCUUAAAUUAAUGAUUAGAUUUAACACUAAUUAAAUUAAUAUUACUCUUUUUUAAAAGAGUCAAACUUAUUUUAGUAUGUUCUUAAAUUAAACAAAAAUUUUUUUUUAUUGUAUAAUACAUGAACAUUUAAUUUGUUUUGUAUUAUAAAUAGUUUAAAAUUCAUAAUAUAAUGAGGCAUUAAUAUUUAUACAUAGAGAUAUAUAUAACAAUUAAUUUAGAAUUUAAAUAAAAAAAAUAGAUAUAUUAUUGAAAAUAUAAUUCUUCAAUUUAUUUGUUACAACAUUAAUGUUGGACUUGUUGAAAUAAUAAUUUUGAUAUUGUUAUUGCCUCGAAUAUAUUUAAUAGCAAAUUUAAAAAAUAAAUGUUAUUAUAUUUGCAUUA